CUCCGGUCAUUGCAUCACAAAGCAACACAACAAAAGUAGCCACAUCGCGCUUAGCUGUGCUCCAAGAGAGCUACUAGGCACGUAGUAACCAGCGGUCACGAGCGCGCGCGCCCAUGGCUUCCACCUCGACGAGCUUCGUUGCCAUGGCGCUCCUCAUGGCCGUCAUGCUCAGCACGUGCCAUGCUGCGCGCCUCCUCGCCGACGUCCCCGCCUUGCCCAUACCGACGCUGCCCCCCGUGCCCGUCGUCCCUACAGUCCCCGCCGUGCCAGGCGGCGUCGUUCCCACGGUGCCCACCGUGCCGAACGUCCCGACGGUUCCCACUGUGCCAGGCAUACCGACGGCGCCCACAGUUCCCACCGUGCCCGGCGUACCGGCAAUACCCACGGUGCCAGGUGUGCCGGCGGUACCAGUACCUGGAGCCGCCGUGCCAACCAUCCCGGCGGUUCCCACUGUGCCAGGCGUGCCGACGGUGCCGCUGCCGGCAGUACCCGGCGCCGCUGUGCCGACCGUGCCCACUGCGCCGAGCGUGCCGAUGGUUCCCACAGUGCCGGGCGUGCCGGCGUUGCCGAUGCCGUCCGUCCCCGGCGUGCCUAACGUGCCGCUGCCGCCUAUGCCGUCCAUCCCCGACCUGCCCAAGGUGCCACUGCCGCCGAUGCCGUCCGUCCCCGACCUGCCCAAGGUGCCAUUGCCUCCGAUGCCGUCCGUUCCUGGCGUGCCCAAGGUGCCACUGCCGCCGACGCCGUCUGUUCCCGGUGUGCCGGCCGUGCCAUAGUUCCUUGCACCUCCACCAUCGACGGACUAGACGUACGUACGUGCCCACGACCGUGCAUGCACGAUUCACGAGUGUGAUGAAACUGCAAGGAUCCAACCAUGCAUAAACCAUAUGGUUACUUUAACUUGAUAGUAUUCGUUUGAGCAGCACCUGUGUCUGCGUGCAAGUAAAAAAGUACCCACUUGUUUACGUGUGUCGUAUCUUUUCGAUUGGUGCGUGUGGUGUGGAUGUGUGUACUUUAUGCUUGUACAUUUAUGUGGUGCAAGACCUUCUAUGUGUAGGCAAAAAAGGGGUAUUGCUCCAUUUA